AUGCAAAUAUGCAAGAUAUCACAUAAGAUCUGGGAAGUCAUCGAAUCAGAGACGACGGAAGGCGAGAAAAACGACAUGGCCACGGCCUUGUUGUUUCAGUCCAUCCCGGAGGCACUGAUUCUGCAGGUUGGCGAUCUUAACACCGCUAAGAAGGUAUGGGAUGCCAUUAAAGCACGGCAUAUGGGAGCUGAACGAGUAAGAGAAGCGAGACUUCAGACACUGGCCGAAUUCGAUCGACUAAAGAUGAAGAAUUCCGAAACCAUUGAUGAUUUUGCAGGGAAACUUUCAGAAAUCUCGUCAAAGUCGGCGGCCUUAGGUGUUGAAAUUGAAGAACCAAAGCUGGUCCGAAAAUUUCUUAAAAGUUUGCCUCGCAAGAAAUAUAUUCAGAUUGUUGCUGCUCUAGAACAGCUUCUGGAUCUCAACAAAACAAACUUUGAAGAUAUAAUCGGACACUUGAAAGCAUACGAAGAGCGUGUUGCUGAAGAAGAAGAAACAGAGGACGAUCACGGAAAGUUAAUGUAUGCAAACUCUGAAGCACAAAACGGUCAAUCAAAUCACAGUCCUUACAAUGGAGAUAACUACAGAGGCAGAGGUCGUGGAGGACGCUUCUAUAGGGAAGAGGACGAGGAAGAUACGGUGGAGAGAGAUACAAUACCGAAACAGAUGCAUUGUCCCGAGCUUAAGCUAAAGCUACAAGAAGCUCAUGAAACUGAUAACACCGAGACGCAAACUGCCGAGGAGCUCAUGAUGCAUGAAGUUGUGUUUUUAAAUGAGAAGAAUGUAUUACCGGAGAAGUAUGAAACAAACACUGGAGAAGGUAACAUAUGGUAUCUCGAUAACGGCGCGAACAACCAUAUGACAGGAGAUAGAAGAUACUUCUCAUGGAUCGACGAUACUAUCACUGGAAAAGUGAGAUUUGGCGAUGAUUCAAGGAUUGAUAUCAAGGGAAAAGGGAAUAUAUCCUUUACUGAUAUGCAUGGAGAGUCGAGAGAGAUGACAGACAUCUACUGUACUCCAGACUUAAAGAGCAACAUCAUUAGUCUUGGGCAAGCAACGGAAGCGGGAUGCGACAUACGGUUGAGAGGAGAACAGCUCACCAUGCAUGAUCAGAAAGGAAAACUGCUUGUUACUGCUAGUAGAUCAAAGAAUCGGUUAUAUAAAGUACAUAUGGGGAUCAAGAGUCAGUCAUAG